CUGCCCUUCGCGUGUGCAAUUCUUUUUUCUGUUGGCUGGGUGUCGCUUUUCCAACUGCGCUGGGUGCGAGGGUUUGGGGUUUGGGACCGCGGGGUGUGGUCGGAGUCCGCUUUGGGAAUGGGCGCGGUGGUGUAGAGCUCGGUUGUCGGUUGUGUCGGCGGCUGUGGCUUUGGAUGGAUGCGUGGGGGAUUGUUUUAUUGGAAUUGUGUUUUGGUUUGCCGGUUGGUGGUUUUUUACAUUUUUAUGUAAUUUUUUGUCAUGCGGAGAGAUUUGUAGGCGACGGUGUUAGGGUUUUGGGCGAGAGAGUCGGGUGGGUUAGAGUUUGGAGUCGUGCGUUGGAGAGAUGGCGAGGGUUUGCGUCGAGCUGCAAUGCGGCGGCGGAUGAUGUUUUAGUAGGCGGAGCUGGUGCGUGGUCCGCUGUGGUUGGGCGUGACAGGGUUUUGCAGAUUCUGCCGGAGCGCAGAGUGCCAUGAUUCGGUGAGGUGAUGCGAGAGGUCACGGGUUAGUUGUGUCGCAGAUAUCCGGAAGCUGCGUCGUCGUCGUCGUUGUUAGAGGAGCAGGUGAACUGCGUGCUGCUGGGGAGUUGUGGGUGACGUGACAGUUUGGACCUGGAACAAUACGCGGUGUGUAUGACGAAGUUAUGUAUUCCUUAUCACUGUGAGCUGGCGCUGCAGGCAUCGGCCGAAAUUUGUUGCAGGAAGUCGAUACGAAUUGUUGUGGAACGAGUUAGUUGGCAGGGGUGGUGUCGCCGAGGGUUUGUGCAGAGGAAUUAGUUUCGGCUGGAAAAUCGGGGGUCUUCCUAAAAGUUUGGGAAUCGCAGAUUUAUUGGCUUAGUGUCUGAAGCGGGGUGGUCGUAGAGGAUGAUGCAGUCGCCAGCAGGGGCCGGGCCCCCGCAUGGGCAGCAGGCAGAGGGGCAGCAGCAGCAGCCGCAGCAAUGGGUGAUGAUGCAACAGUCGGGGAUGCAGCCUCAGCAUCACGAGGAGGUGAAAACGUUGUGGGUUGGAGAUCUGCAGUACUGGAUGGACGAGAACUACUUGCACACAGCUUUUGUACACACCGGAGAGGUGCAGUCUGUGAAGAUCAUUCGCAACAAGCAGACGGGGUACUCCGAAGGGUACGGGUUCGUGGAAUUUGUGUCUCACGUGGCAGCGGAGAAGAUUUUGCAGGCUUACAACGGCACUCAGAUGCCGAACACAGAGCAGCCUUUCCGGCUGAAUUGGGCUUCGUUUGGAAUAGGGGAGAGGCGGCCGGAGGCGGGACCGGAGCACUCGAUCUUUGUAGGGGAUUUGGCUCCCGAUGUGACGGAUUACAUGCUGCAGGAGACGUUUCGCACCCGGUACCCAUCUGUGAAGGGUGCGAAGGUGGUGACGGACGCCAACACAGGUCGAUCGAAAGGAUACGGGUUCGUGCGUUUCGGCGAUGAGAUGGAAAGGAAUCGGGCGAUGAGUGAGAUGAACGGGAUUUACUGCUCGAGCAGGCCGAUGCGGAUCAGCGCAGCAACGCCGAAGAAAUCGCUGGGCCCUAAUCAGUUGAAUCCGAAAGUGUCUCCCGUAGCCGUGGCAACAUAUGCAGCAUACGGAGCGCAGCCCUCUCCGCAGGCGUUCCCCACAGACAACGACCCCAACAAUACAACCAUAUUCGUGGGAGGACUUGACCCAGCGGUUGGGGACGAAGACUUGAGGAACGUGUUUGGGCAAUUUGGAGAACUGGUGUAUGUGAAGAUUCCCGCCGGGAAAGGAUGCGGGUUCGUCCAGUUCACGCAUAGAGCGUGCGCAGAGGAGGCGCUGCAAAGGCUUCACCAGACGGUGAUCGGGACACAAGCAGUGCGUCUGUCGUGGGGUAGAAGUCCCGGGAACAAGCAGACGAGUGAUCCUGCAUGGGGGCACCACCAAGACCCGAAUCAAUGGAAUGCAGCUGGGUAUUACCAAGGGUAUGCACAAGGGUACGACCAAUACGGAUAUCCGGCGCCGGCACCUCAGGACCCUGCAUACGCUCAAUACGGGAACUACCCCGGUUAUGGGAACUAUCCCCAGCAGCAGGGUGACGCACAGGCUUCAGUUGCUGUAAGCGCCGUGCCUAGCGUGGAGCACAAGGAGGAGGAGAGUUUUGACCCUUUGGCCCCGCCCGACGUGGACAAGUUGAACGCGGCAUACAUGGCUGUACACACAGCCCCUCUGCUGGGUCGUCAUUUGUGGCUGAAGACGUCCGAUCACGGCCAAGCGCCCAUCAGCUAGUUUUAGCACUCCCCAAGUUGAAAAGCGGGAGCAUACCCAAGUUGAUAGAUGGUGCACAUGUGCUGUGUCCGAUGUGUUAAAGCGGAUGGCUCCCAAGGUCCGUGUGUGCAUGCAUGGGUGGAUGCGUUUGGAAUGGUCGCAUUUAUGAUUAGUGUUGGUGAUGUGGUGUGACGGCGGUAGGGGAGAGAAUGCAUGGCGGUUGUGUUGUGUGUGGUUUGGGAUUAUUAUUGGACUUUCAAGUGCCGAACUCGAUGAAUGUUUAAGAGGAUAAUAGGCAAUGGUUGCGAAGAAUUCAAUGUCAGACGAAGUGAAGUGUAGACUCUGUCAUGUUCAUAAUAGUAGGUAACAAUUAGCAGUGGCUUGAUUCGUACGUUACACCGUGAUUGUGGAAUCUGGAAUGGACCUGCUCCUUCAACUUUUAAAGCA